AUGUUGAAGAAUAAACUCUAUGAUAGCGUGAAGACUUACUUGGACAAAUAUCUUUUCGGCUUCGAUAAGUCUCAGCUUGAAAUGUCAGUUCUCAAAGGAAACAUAAAUCUAAAUAACGUAAAUGUAAAGCCAAACAAAGCAAAUAAAUUUCUUUAAUCGAUGAUGGUGCCAUUCGCUUUGAAAGCUGGAACAAUAGGUAGACUUGAGUUAAAGGUUAGCAUACUGUAAAUGUGGAAUGGACCAGUAGAAAUAAUCAUAGAUGACUUAUUUAUUAUACUGGGCCCAAAUUAUUCAAUGGUCUCUCAUGAUGAUAGCUAUGUAGAAGAAGAUGAAUAGCACAUCUAGGACCCAUAUGACAGCAGUAACAUGUUUAACAUAUUUGAGCACUAACUUAAGCUUCGCAAAAAGGACAAGGAUGAAUUACUUAUAAAAAAUCAGUAACUAAAACGUUAAAAUACUCAGGAGUAGAAUCAAUCAGAGAAGUAGACAUUCGAUUUUGUGAAGAAUAUGAAGCUACUGAUCAAUAAAGUGCAUAUAAGAUACGAGGAUGAUGUAUUUAAUGGAGAAUUUCCAUUUUCUUGUGGCAUAGUUAUGGAUAAAUUAGUUUGGGAAUCUACUGACUAGAAAUGGAGGUUUGAAUCAUUGGGGUAAAAUAAACCAACUUAAUCUAAAUCAAAUAAUGAUCCACUUAGCAUGCUUAAAAACUGUAUCAUUGAAAAUUUCAGAGUGUAUUGGAAUUGUAUGAGUGAAAUGUACAUACCAACAAGUUUAUGGGAAUCUACAAGACACUUAAAAUACCAAAUAUUUGAAGCUAUGGAAGUUUCAGAUCUAAGAGGAUUUUUACUAUAACCCUUCAAUCCAGGAAAGCAAAACUAGUUCCAAUACUUGAUAAGCCCAACAAAUAUCACCAAUCAGAUUAGCUAUUAUAAAAGUGAGGAUAAGUAGAAUGAAAAUACGCAGAUUUCUUUGAUAUUUACACCAUUCGAGAUAAAUGUAACCCCAAGAAUGGUAGAGGACAUGAAUAAUUUAGUCGAGUUGUGCUAAAAUUAUUUCCUAUCAAGAGAUCUAAAGCAAUAUAGACCUCAUAGGAAACCAAUUACCAGUGUUCCUGAACAUUUGAAAAAUAAUCCUGUCAUUCAAAGAAAAAGAAAACUCUUUGUAAGAGAUUGGUUUUUCUAUGUAGUCUGGUUCGUAAGAUUAAAAAGGAUUUUGAGAAAUAUGUAUUCUACUGAACUUUUAUAAUAAGAGCUUGAGGGGAAUUCAAAAUACUCAGAAAUCUUGAAAAUUCUUGAAAAUCCAAAUUCUCAAAUAUCAGACUUAAAACGUGAUUUCACCAAGAAAUCAGAGUAGUCUCUUCAAGAUAAAUCGAAAUUUUAGCGUGUGAUGAAUCUGAGAUGCUAAGCAAUUAAGUUAAAUCUCUAUACAAAAAAUAUCUAUGAGACCACUCACCCUAAAUUUCAGAUAGAGACUAGUUAAUUUUCAUUUGAAACUUACCAAAACAAUGAACACUAGAAUAUUAAAAAUUUUAGUGGAUAGAUGGGAGAGCUUUCUAUAUCUGUAUUGACUUAGAAAAAUAAGAGGGAUUACAGGUAGACCAAAUAGUCAAUAUUAGGUUCUAGCAAUCAUGAUCAAGAAAAUACUCAGGCAGUAUCUUCAUUUAUCUCUGGAAAUAAUAAAACACCAUAUAAAAACUAGGAACAGAUAGGCAGACAAAAUAAUUUUCCUCCAAAUGUUAUUUAAUAGAAUAAAAAUUAGUUCAAGCCCAAUAAUUAACUCAAUGCUCAUUAAAUGAGAACAAACUUACAAUCCCCACCAUCAAAUCAUUAGCCUCAUCACAUUCCCUAAUCAAGCUCAAAUCCAAUGGUUUCGCCAUAGCAAAAGUCAAUAUAAGAGGAAGGCAAAUCUUUAUUCGGGGCUGUACUUUCUAAAGUGUUUGGCUUUGGCAGUACUCCUGACACUGUCGAGAAAAAGCAGCCUGAACUUACAUCAAGAAAAAGUGAUAACAUCUAUGAACAGCAGACAAAUAGAUUUAAUGAUCAGUACUAUCAGUAAAGUAACAGCAAUAAUAAUUCAUCGAUUCUCAAAUAAAAAUCCUAGAGAGACUUCUAGUAGGCUUACAAUCCUUUAGGAUAUGGCUAGAUGCCAAAUUAGUAGCCAAACUCGACAAAUAAUAAAAAUAUGCUCAAUUCAUCAAGACAAGGCUCAGGGAUGAUUCAUGAAAACAAGGUGAAUUCAGCUACAAAGCCUCCAUAGAUAGACUUGAAUGAAUUAAAGAACGAUCCAAUUCAUCAAUUCUUGAUGAGUGAUCUUAGCAUCAAAGAUCUUAAGUCAAACAUGGACAAUAUGAAUCAAGUUAAGGCUUAAAGAGUCUAAUCUUCAGGUGGGAUAAAUCAAAAUUCUUAAAGAGGCUAUCUAUAAUAGCAAAGUACGCCUUAAUAAUUAACAAAGUUGCUUGGAAACAAUGGAACUAAUAAUCAGUAUUAGAACAAUCAGAUGUACAAGGGUCUAAGAGACUAUGCUGGUAAAAGCUAGUCUUAGAACAAUAUUCCAAUACCUUAAAACAAAAAGUAGCCUUCAAGUGAUAAAAGAGAAAUAGAUCAAAGUGUAAUGCUAGCUAACAGCGAGAUCUACAAAGAACUCUCGACAACUGAAGUGAUUGUAAAGCAAAAAGUGUUCACUCUACAAGCUAUUCAAAAUGAAAACAAUGUAUCUGUUUACUUUAGCAGAAGUAAGACUAUCCCUGAAUCCACCAAAGAUAAAAGUGAAUACAGACUUGAAUGCUAGAUUGGAGCAACAAAUCUAUGCUAUUCAAAUGAAACUCUAGGCCAAUUCUUUGAUUUCAUCAUUGAAUAUCAAAAGCUAAAUGUUUUCAGAGACAUUCAGAUCAUUCAUUAAUUCUUCGAGACUUCUUAGAGAAGGUAAACCUCAGCUUAAAGAAGACUAGAACUCAUUAUGCCUUUCUAUAUUAUCAAGAAGUUGGUUUAAAACCACUAAACUGGCAAAAUCAAAGAUUUCUUAGCCUAGAAUAAUUAAGCUUAAAAGCAAAAAGCUCUAAGUCAAUGGGAAUAAAAGCUAAACACUAUAGAUGAUCAAUUCAGAAACUUUUUCUUUGACAUAUCCUUUCAAGUAGCUCAGUCCAGCAUUCAGCUUUUUAAUGAUAAUGAUCAGCAGUUUUGCAAAUUUAGUACUCCAAAUGUUAUCCAAGGUUAGGCUUACAAGUAAAAUCAUGAAUGUGGUUUCGAUAUCUUGGGAUUUAGCUUCUAGGGAUGUAAUAGCUUGAAUAUCCUCUCGAAUUUCUUUCAUAACUUAUUCAAUCACGUAAAUAUGAUGAAGCAGCAUCCUGCUAUAUCCAGGGGUGUAGAUUUCUACGAGAAUUUGCAUAAAAAUCUUAAGGAAAAGUAGUAGCGAAAUAGAAAAGUCGAAACCGACCCUAACUAAAGAGAGAAAACUUUCAAUCAGAGGAAAAGUAGCCAGAUGAAUAAGCAAGGCAGCUAGACUAAACUAAUUAAGUAUAAGCAGGGACCUAAAGCAGGGAACGAUGAAAAUAAGAAUUUCAUAAAGAUUGAAAAUGAUCAAAUGGAUCCUACCACUAGUAAAGUCAGAGGAGGAAGCGAAGAUAGCAUUCUGCAAGAUUUCAGUAAUACUCCAGAUCAACUGAUAUUCUUUAACAGAGGAGCAUAAGGUGCAUAGGCUAAAAAUGGUGGACUAAAGUAAAAUCUGCAACUAAAUUAGAAGACCACAUCUGUGAUUCAAAAUUACAAUGGAAACAGUGCUGAUACGAUCAAGGUAGUGCCAAGAAUUGACUAAGACCCAGUCUACUUGCAAACUGAGGAGUAUGAUGAAGAUGAAGGGGAUGAGGGAGAACCAGUAGUGAUCAAUGAUUUAGAUAACUUGGAUGAUGAUUUAAAUCAUCCUCAAAUGAGAUAUCCAAAUGCUCUCAAUCUAUCUAGCAAAAAUACUAUACAUAUUGAGCAAAGUCAUAAAGGUAUUGGUCAUAAUUCACUUCAGCCAAUGCAGAGUAACUAUUCUACCACUAAGUCGAAAACUGAUAAUCAUUAGUCUUACAAUCAACCCUCAACAAUAUCAACCACAAAAGGUGCUAUUCCAACAAACCAAAUAAGAGAAAUGAAUAACGUAUAGCCUGGACAUUUCAUCAACAAUAAUAAUAACAACCACCAUCACUCAAUGAAUCAGAAAGAAUCACUAAAAACUCAUCAUCUAAACCAGCAGAGCCACUAACAGCAAUAAAAAAAAGGUAUGCCCGGUUAAAUGUUCAGUGCAGGAAUAAUGAAGAAUGAUUCACACAAUAACCCAACAACCAAUUAGUUCUCAUCAACUGGAAAUUCAACAAAGAGCAUGAUGAACACCGGAGGAAGUACCGUAAAUACAACAAGCACACCUGCCUUUAUGGGUAUGGUGGGAAGACCUAUGAAGACUAUGAAUCAGAUACCUAGUAAACAGACCAUAUCUCACGGAUAAUAAGUCCAUGCUAAUAAACCAGGUUUUGGCUAGGGCCAGGUGUCUAUAAAUAACCAUAUGUAGCUGAGAUAAAGAUGA